AUGCCAUACACACAGACACACAACACAAUGAGCCACCUCGUCGUGGUCGUGGCAUCCCUCGCCGUCGUGCUGCUGGCGCGGUGCGCAGCGGCGUAUCCGUGGCAUUUGUGCGGCACGGCGGCCAACUUCACGGCCAACACCACGUACCAGGCCAACCUCGGCCUCCUCGCCGCGGCGCUGCCCAAGAACAUCUCCUCGUCCCGGCACCUCUUCGCCACCGCCGUGGUCGGCGCCGCCCCGGACCAGGUCUCGGCGCUCGCGCUCUGCCGGGGCGACGCCAACGCCACGGCCUGCUCCGGCUGCCUCGCCGUGGCCUUCCAGGACGUGCAGAACCAGUGCGCCUACGACAAGGACGCCGCCAUCUACUACGACCCCUGCGCCCUCUACUACUCCUCCAACGCCACCUCCCUCGCCUCCAUGGAUAACGUCGGGAGGACGAACCGCGUCAACAACCAGAACGUCACGUCCGACCCCGGGCGGUUCAACCGCCAGGCGGCCGCGCUCGUGAGCGCCACCGCCGACUACGCGGCGUACAACUCCACGCGCCGGUACGCGUCCGGGGAGGCCGACCUCGGCGUCGGCGGCCAGUUCCCCAGGGUGUACAGCUGGGCGCAGUGCACGCCGGACCUGACGCCGGCGCGGUGCCGUGGUUGCCUCGCCGGACUCAUUGCCAAAAUGUCUAGGCGGUUCACCGGCAGCGUCGGAGGGAGAUCUCUUGGGGUCAGGUGCAGCUACCGAUACGAGACGUACUCCUUCCUCGACGGCCCGGUGAUGGUCAGGCUGGCUGCGCCGCCGAGCUCGGCCGCGCCUGCGCCUGCGCCGGCAGUUGGGCCCACGGUUCCGACUCCAGGGGCGGUCGCCGGAGAGAGGAAGUUCGUCGUUACUGCCACGGUCCUUGUUAUUGUGCUGCCUACCAUCGCAGCUCUGGUGAUAAUCAACCUUAUUGUUUGGCUCUGUAUCUGGAGGAGGAUGAGGAGGCCACAAGCAGGAGCAACUCAACCAUAUUCUAGUCGCGAGAACAUGGAAAGCGUUAGAAUCGAUGCUCAUCGACAUUUCUACGCUGAGAGCUGCGACCGGGGGUUUCGCAGUGUACAAGCCUGCGUCGUCGGCGCCUCUAUCUCGUCUGUGUCGCCGGCGCCUCUCCCUAGCCUGCAUCGCCUGCGCCUCUACCUCGUCUGUGUCGUCGGCGCCUCUCCCUCGCCCGCGUUGGCGCCGCCUUUCCAUUGGCUCCGUCGCCAAGAUCUCAUUUUUAUUCUCCGGCGGCUCGAUCUGCAACGGCCUUCCUCCAUUCCAACGCCAGCAGCUGCGCAGGUGCAGAUCUCCGAGCUUUACCAACGCCUCUCCGAGCUCGUCCCCAACGUGCGGCAGCCGACCAUGUAGCUUCGUCGCCAACAAGCUGGAGCAGAGGAGGACCGAAGCAAGCUGGAGCAAGUUGCAGCGUGCUUCCCCGACAACGAUGAUUCUCUUGAUUGGAGUGGGGAGGAGCAGCGACGAGAGGAGCAGCAGAAGUGGACAGCGCAGCGGCUGACCUCGAGCUCUUGAUUGGAGUGGGGGAGGCAGCCGGCGAGGGAUUUGUAGCCAGCAGGGAAGGAUCCGAAGCUGUGGCGGAGCAGGCAGCCGGCGGGGAAGGGCGGCCGGCGAGGGAGCUGCGGACUGCGACGGGGAAGGGCGGCCGGCGAGGGAGCUGCGGACGGUGGCGGGGAAGGGCGGACGGCGAGGGAGCUGCAGACCGCGGCGGGGAAGGACGCCGGAGAUGCGGACGACGGAGGAGCCCGGCGGAGAAUCCUGGCGGAGGGGAGGAGCGACGGAGGAAGACGCCUCCUGAUCAAUUUCAAAUCAGGGGUACUUCCGUACUUUCACGCCAUUUCACCUGGUCAGAACGAAACCCCCAACGACAAAUAAAUCGAAACAGAGGGAGUAGUAUAUUACACUAAUCGUGGCAUGGUUUCAUCUACUCCUUGCGUCGAACUCUUGUCGAGCCUUUUCACCGCUAUUUCAUCGCCGUCUGGGAGAGUACCCUUGUUAGAUGAAACCAUGCCACGAUUAGUGUAAUAUACUACUCCCUCUGUUCUGAUUUAUUUGUCGUUGGGGGUUUCGUUCCGACCAGGUGAAAUGGCGUGAAAGGACGGAAGUACCCCUGAUUUGAAAUUGAUCAGGAGGCGUCUUCCUCCGUCGCUCCUCCCCUCCGCCAGGAUUCUCCGCCGGGCUCCUCCGCCGUCCGCAUCUCCGGCGUCCUUCCCCGCCGCGGUCCGCAGCUCCCUCGCCGUCCGCCCUUCCCCGCCACGGUCCGCAGCUCCCUCGCCGGCCGCCCUUCCCCGUCGCGGUCCGCAGCUCCCUCGCCGGCCGCCCUUCCCCGCCGGCUGCCUGCUCCGCCACAGCUUCGGAUCCUUCCCUGCUGGCUACAGAUCCCUCGCCGGCUGCCUCCCCCACUCCAAUCAAGAGCUCGAGGUCAGCCGCUGCGCUGUCCACUUCUGCUGCUCCUCUCGUCGCUGCUCCUCCCCACUCCAAUCAAG